AUGUAGAAGGAAGAAUAUCAUAAUGAUAUUUCUAUGUUCGGUAAGCUGAUACUGGAAAAGCUAAAGAAAUUAAGAAUAUUUGUUUGGGGAGCAUAAUCACUAGGAGCUGAAGUCAGCAAGAAUAUUACAUACUACUCAAUAGAUGAAUUGGUUAUUUAUGACUAAGAAAAAAUAGGAUACGAAGAUUUAUCAGGAAGUACUUUUGGAAAAGAAGAAGAUGUAUAAUAAGGCCUUACACGUGCAGAAGUCUGUUAAAAGUGGCUCAAGAAAUUGUAGAAUGUAGUUUAAGUGGAGGUUUGUUAACAAUUUGUUCUUGAAGAGAGUCUCAAAAAUAUAGAUGUCAUUAUAUUAACUUAAAUAUUGAAUGAAAAGCAAAUGAUAGACAUAAAUAAUUAUUGCAGAGAAAACAAUAUUGGUUUUAUUUUGGUUGGAGUUUAUGGUUUGUAUUGCUAUAGCAUGGUUGAUUUUGGUAAUAAUUAUAAAUUACAUGAUAGAGAUGGAGAAGAUACAUAUCCUUUUAUGAUUUCUUCCAUUUCUAAAUCUAACCCAGGAGUAGUCAAUUUAGUUAAUUAGCAUAAGCACAAUUUCUAAACAGGUGAUUUCAUUCGUAUUACUGAAGUAGAUGGAAUGUACUAGGUAAACGGGUAAGAACCACGUCCUGUAAAAGUCAUUGAUGAUUACAGUUUUAGCAUUGAAGACACAACUUAUUAUGCUUAAUAUUAGAAAGGUGGAUUUGCUGAGUUAGUUAAAGUUCCUCACAAGAUUAAAUUUAGCUCAUUAGAUUCCCUGAUAAAUGGCUCUAAACCUUAAAUUCUUAAUUCAAAUUAUAAAAAUAUAAAAUUAUUGCAUAUGUUUUGGAGGUGUUUGAUUUAAUACAAGACGCAAUACGACAAGCUUCCUGAGAUAUUCAACGAAGAAGCUUAUGAACAAAUUUUCCAAAUAGCAUAAGCUAUUAAUGAGUAAAAUAAAGAGAAAUCUCCUGAAUUUUAUAUAGAAAAUAUAGAUUAAGGUUAGCUAAAGCUUUUAACAAAAUAUUGUACUGUUUAGAUAGCUCCACUUUGCAUAGGUUGGGCAGGUCUGAUAACCAAAGAAAUUUUAUCAUUCUGUGGCAAAUAUGAACCUAUUCGUUAAAUAUUCCACAUGGAUUUCUUUGAACUGAGUCCAAAAUAUGAAGUUAAGGCUGAAUAAGUUGAAAAAUAUAAAAAUACAAGAUACUACUAAUAGGUAGCCUUAAUAGGUUGUCAAGGAUAAGAAAAGCUUAUAAAUUACAAAAUUGGUAUAAUGGGAGCAGGUUCAAAUGGUUGUGAAUUAGCUAGGAAUUUAGUUUUAAUGGGUGCAUGUACUGGAGAAAAUGGUCUUUUAGAUAUAUUAGAUGCUGAUACCUUUAAGACAUUCAACCUACACUCACAUCAAUGGAUUACAGAAGACGCAGUUGAUAAAAGCAAAGUUGAGGUGCUUUCUAAAAAUAUUUUAAGAUUGAAUCCUCAAACUAAAAUUAGAUGCACACAAAAACUUGCAGAUAAAUCUUCUGAAAAUGAUUUAGGAGAUGACUAUUGGAAAAAUAUUGAUGUAAUUUUUAAUUGCACUGAUAAGAAAACAGCCAAGUAAUACCUUUUAGAAAAGUCAUUAUGGUACGAUAAAGUUUUGAUCGAUUAGUCUCUUGAUGCAUUAAAGGGAAGCACCCAUUCUAUCAUACCUCACAUUACAGAGAUUCCUGAUCUAUAAAAAGAUGACUUCCUUUCUGGAAGGUUUGAUUUUGAUAAAGACAUUAUCAUGAAUUAUCCAUACCUCUAAAUCCAUGAUAUAAUUUGGGCAAAAGAAAUAUUUGAAUAACUGUUUGUCGAAAAUUUAAGAGAACUUAAAUAGUACAUUAAUCAUCCCUAAUAAUACAUCCACUAAUACUAAAGUCUUUUUAAAUUGAAUAUGAACUACUAGACAAAACUGUUAAUAAUCCAUUGUCUAGUCACAAAAAAGAACAAUUUAGAACUAAAAGAUAUUGUUUAAUUAUCUAAGGAAAUAUUUGAGUUAUAUUUCAAUGAGAGAAUUUACAGAUUAGUUGCCUCACAUAUCCCAGCAGAAAACUAAGAAGAUGAAAAAUUCUGGGUUGGUUACAAGAAAAUUCCUUAAAUAAUACAAUAUAAUCCACAAAACUAAAUGAUAAUAAGAUUUAUAUCAAUUGUUACUCAUUUAUAUGUAAGUUUAUUUUAAUUGGAAGUACCAAAUGAAAAGUUGACAGAAGAUAACAUAAAAAAAAUAUUGCUAAUAUAAUACAGUUCUGCUGAGGACUAAUAACAAUAGUACUGGAAUCUGUAAUCAUAUGAGCUUAAAGAUGAAAAGGAUAUUGAGAACUUUGAAAAAAUUCUUCAGGAAUGUGCAAAACCAGCAAUGAUACCUCAGCUAAAAAUAGGAAUCUACAACUAAACCUCUGAAUACUUUAGAGAAAAAUACAUAGAUUUUCUCGAUAUAUCAUCUAAUUUGAGGUCUUAAUGCUAUUAACAUGGUAAAGUUCCCAGAUAUAAAGUUGAAAAUAUUGCCUUUGAAAUGAAUAGAAGAUCUUUAUUCCCUCAAUCUAUAAUUACAAGUAUGGCUGCAUUAGAGCUUUUUAAAUACGCUACAAAUCAAGACAUAUCUGAUUACAGAAAUAUCAAAUUUGAUCUCACUUAGAAUAAAUUUGAUUUUAUUCCUCCUAUUAAAGCUAAAAUCAUUUAAAAGGAUCCUAAUAUUGUUUACAUUCCUAAGCCUUUUACUGUUUGGGAAAAAAUUAUUGUUGAUAAACCUGUAAGCAUUGAAGAGCUUAUUGAUUCUUUUUCUAAUAUGUAUAAUGUCUCUAUCAACUCUAUUUAUGUUAAUAAUGUCUAAGUAUGGUAGUCUAAUCCACUUGAAUCAAAAGAUAAUUUAAACAUUAUGAAAAUGAAUCUCCUUAAAGCAUAUGAAUUCGAAUCAGGAACAAAAAUGGCUAAAGGAAUUAACUAACUGCCAAUUAUGAUUACUGCAAAAACUAAAAAUGAUUAACCUGCAAUGUUCACAACAAUCAAAUACAUUCACUAAUACGAAUCAGAAAAUAAUUGA